AUGAAAUUGCAUUCCCCAGACGCAUAUUACAUCCCCCUACUCGUCCUCCUCUUCGCCCUUCUCCCUCUCGCGACCACCGCCCCCACCUCCUCCUCCCCUAACACCGCCCAAAUCUAUUGCGACAUCCCAACCUUCGGCCAGCCGGACGUCGGCACCGCCAACACCCUCCUUUUCCGCCUCCCCUUCUACCCCAACCCCUCUUUACCACCCGACGAGCAGGCCCAAAGAGCGCGCGAAUUCACAGCAGAGCGUACCUUCUCCGAACCAGCCUUCCUCUUCCCGCGAUUUCGGUACCUCCAAAACAUCCAUGCGGGGGUGCAAAUGGUGCAGCUUCCCAAGAUCUGGAAACUGCGGAAUAUGAGAUUGGCGGUGCUGAGUUUCGCGGACAGCUACGGCGCGGUGCGGAACGCGGAGUUCGCUGCUACAUGGGCGGCUGUGGCGCAGGCGGUCAAUGCCUUGUUGGGGACGUGUGUUAAUGAUCGGAGGACUAUGGCCAGGGUGCAGGGAGGUGCGUGGGUUAGUGAUGUUGCGGUCAUUUAUUUGUAUGUGGCUGGCAGUCGGUUUGAGGAGAGUGUGAAUUGGUAUAUGUGUAAUGGGCAUGGGAUUGACCCGUGGCAUCCGUUAAGCGGGCUAGUGGGAGUGGAGUGGGGUGGUGAUAUGAAUGGGACUGGUCUCGAAGGGGGUUUGGGGUUGGACGGGGUCAAUGUGACGACUGUGGACUUGGGAAAUUUUGCUGCGCUGAAUGGGACGGGCGGGGAUGAAAGUGGAGGGAAGACGAAUGGGACGGUGGAAGGCACAUCGCAGGAGUCGGUGGUGCCCGCUACUGUGCCUUUUGGAGCGGCGGGCAUGCCGGCGGGAGGUCCUUCUUGA